AGUAUCUGUCUCAUUGUUCUAUCUGUAGCACUGAUCGCAACGUUGUACGUAUUGUUUUGUUUACGCUACCGCGAAACGCAGAGUUGCUGAUGAAUUGGUUUGGAUUUGGCUUCAACGGCUUUGGGCAAAUACGAGCGAAUGAAAAAUUGACUGAUGGGGAAAGUGCCGGAGAUGCCAACGUAACAUAUCCAAUCUCUAUUGAUAUUGUUUGUCGGAAUCUGGAAGAGGAGCCUGUCCAAAUCUGUCAACAUAAUAGCAAUGUUGAUACGCAGAUCAGGACGAGUUGGAGUCGAAGAGCAGCUCUGCAUUCAAAUAGGCUGCCUUCUCGUGAUUGUAACUCUGCAAGUCUGCAGCCCGCUCAACCAGAGACCGCAGUGAAAGGUGAUGGAAGGCUGUGUCUGGCAGGUUUUGGAGUAGGGACCCCCAGUCAGAGAGGUUGUGGCGGCUGUGUAGAGGAAAGCCGAGGGUGCCAGGAUGCACAUAUCAGCGAGGGAUAUCUGGCCCUGUCUUUCACAGACAGAGUAGAGUGCUGGAACUCUGAGCGAAAUGAGAAGAAACCAGGGUGGAGUAUGGUGAUUCCAGAUAAUACUGGGCCCUCACUAGCAUUCCCAUUAGUUCCAGGAGGGUACAUAGCUUCCAACCCUCCCUUUUACCGCCCACUUUCCCCACAACUACUGGCUGUUAGCCUGGCAUUAGGCACAGAGCACGCAGUCCUCCUCACUGCCUCUGGAGACAUCUACACCUGGGGCUCAGGCAGCCAUGGGCAGCUGGGACAUGGGGACCUGAGCCCGCAGGAGGAGCCCAGAGCAAUGGAGGCACUAAUGGGUAUGCCCAUGAGCACUGUGGCCGCCGGGGGUUGGCACUCUGUCUGCACCAGUGUCUGGUCCACAGCUGGGGGAGACCUGUACGUGUGGGGCUGGAAUGAGAGUGGCCAGGUGGGACUGCCAUCACGAGCCCUAAGAGGAGAGCAGCAGAAGAGCCAGGACACAGGUGGUGCCAGCACAUGUGAAGAUCAAGAGGAGAGCAAUGACGAGGUGUUCAUAUCAAUACAGGCCUUCCCAGCCCUGGUGGAUGUUACUAAGUCAUGUGAGGUCAGCAAGAUCAGCUGUGGGUCGCGUCACACUGCCGCAGUCACAAGUACAGGUGAUCUCUACACUUGGGGCUGGGGUGAAUACGGCCAGCUGGGACAGGGGACUGUGAACAGUUCAGACGAGCCAAGACAGGUAGAGUUUUUCAAGGACCAGGGGCUGCGUGUGGUGGAUGUAGUGUGUGGACCAUGGAACACUUUUGUUUCUGCUAUCAAAGAGGACCCCUCUCUCCAUCCUGACACAAAUAUCCUUAAUCCUCUGUAACCAAGGACUACAUAGAAUAGAAAAACUGCCUGUAGGAGUUGAGCACUAAGGACGGUGCACAGAUUGAUUGACUAGCUGUUUAUUUUUUCAGACAAAUAAAGUGAAGUCAGUGA